CAAUCUAACACUCACGGAAAGUUGAGAAGUGGAAUCAACGCCACUGCGCAUGUCUGCUCUCCCAGGGCUCCUUGCUGCUGCCUCCGCAUUAUGCGCAUGCUCUUUAUGAUUGUGGAGAUGGUGUGCAUUGGAGCUUAAUUUUUCUUAAAACAUUUACAAACAGUUUUUUUAAGGUGUCCAUUUGCUUUUUCCUCUGUUGAGGUACAUAAAAUAAAAUACACAAAUAUUGGUGUGCAGCUCGAUGCAUUUUGAUGUGUACACACCCCCAUGACCAUCACAAGACCAAGACCGGGACACCAGACAUUCCCACGGAUUUUUCCCAUUCACCUGCUUCACCCAUUCCCCCACCCCCACCCCAGGCAGCCACCGGUCUGCUCUCUGGGUCUGUGAGCCUGUUUGUGUUUUGUUUGUCCAUUUGUUGAUAUAAAUAUGUUUUUUGAUUAUGAUGGUUAGCAUCUCAUGUUGGGAGAUUUCCCUUCCCUCCUCAGAGAGCCUAGGGCCUCGUCUUACUCUGCUACACAGAGCAGCGAGCUGUGGCAGCGAGCAGGUCGGCACCCAGCUGCGGGUGUUCCCUGUCUGGCCUCACUGUUAAGGCUCCCGCCCCUCUCAGGUGCGGCUGCAGGCACAAAGGAGGAGCUGGGCUCUGCAGAAGAGCCCCUGCAACCGCUCACUGCUGCCCUGCGGGAGCUCAGAGCCAUGAUGACAGACCCGAGCCAGCAUGACGCUCUGUCUGCUCAGAUGGCAGUGAUUUCUGAAAGGCUCAGCUCUGCCUUGGGUCUCCAUGAGGGUGAUGGCGUCCUUGCUGCAGAACAAAAGGUCGUCGAUCUCCUGCUGAACUCUUUCUGUCAGAACCUAGUGGUAGCCUCCAGCUUCGCCCUGCCAGACAGGUACAGGCUGGAGCUUCACUGGGUGCUUGCAGCUGCCUCGGUGCUCUGGGGGAGCCCCCAUG